AUGAUUAAGGGAUCUUUGCAGACACCUAUGCCCAGGAGGUAUUAUCGAGCCCUAGUGGCUCCCGCUUUCGUCGCCACUCUCUCUCCAGAGCUUCCAGUUAAUACAUAA